AUGGCACAUGUGAUGACCACUUCCACCGGUAUGCCUGUGGACGACAACCAAAACUCUGUAACUGCUGGCGAAUGGGGCCCCCUCGUCAUUUCCGACUUCCAUUUGAUUGAUAAGCUCGCACACUUCGAUCGUGAGCGCAUCCCCGAACGCGUCGUACACGCCAAGGGAGCAGGCGCACACGGGUAUUUCGAAGUCACCAACGACGUCUCCAAGUAUACCAAGGCCAAAGUCUUCGAUACCAUCGGCAAAAGAACACCCGUCUUCCUCAGAUUCUCAACUGUUGCCGGAGAGAGGGGAGCAGCCGAUACCGAAAGAGACCCAAGAGGUAAAUUACUCAUCAUUGGAUUCGCCAUCAAGUUCUACACUGAGGAGGGCAACUGGGACAUGACCGGCAACAACACCCCCGUCUUCUUCAUAAGGGAUCCCAUCAAGUUCCCCGACUUCAUCCACUCACAGAAGAAGGACCCAAGGACUAACCUCAGAAGCGCUGUUUCCGCUUGGGAUUUCUGGGGUCUCUCUCCCGAGAGCACUCACCAGGUGAGCAUCCUUUUCAGCGACAGAGGAACCCCCGACGGCUUCAGACACAUGAACGGCUACUCAUCCCACACCUUUAGGUGGGUCAACAAGAGCGGAGAAGCCUUCUGGGUUAAGCUUCACUUCAAGACUCUUUCAGGAAUCAAGAACUUGUCUGCAAAACAGGCCAAUGACCUUCAAGUCGACCCUGACUACGCCACUAGAGACCUUGUCAACCACCUCGAUGCAGGAAAGACUGCAGAGUGGCAGCUCAGCGUUCAGGUCAUCCCUGAAAGAGAUGGUUUCAAUUACAAGUGGAACAUCUUCGAUGUGACCAAGGUUGUCCCUCACGGAGAUUACCCUCUUAUUCCAGUCGGAAAGCUCGUCCUCAAUAAGAAUCCCGACAACUACUUUGCUGAGACCGAACAAUCUGCCUUCUCACCAGGCCACCUCGUGCCCGGCAUGGAGCCAUCCCUCGAUAAGAUGCUCCAGGGAAGACUUUUCUCCUAUCCCGAUACCCACAGACACAGAUUGGGAACCAACUAUGACCAAAUCCCCAUCAACUGCCCCUACAGAUCCAAGGUUAGAAACGGACAGCGCGAUGGACCCAUGAGAGUCGACAAAAACGGAGGUAAUUAUUGAAAUUUAGGUUCUGAGCCAAACUAUGAGCCCAAUUCCUUCGGUCCCAACCGUGGAAACCUCUUCAACUUCAACCUUGAAGCCAGAUACAGCCCAUACAGAGUGACUGGUUUGGUUGCCAGGCACAAGCCCAACCAUCCCAACUGCGACUUCGCCCAGCCUGGAACCCUUUUCCGCAAGAUCUUCUGCGCCAAUGUGAAGAAGAACACCAUUGAGAACAUUGCCGGACACAUGAGGGAAGUUCCUCGUGAUAUUGCUGAGAGAGCCGUCAAGAACUUCUUCAAGGCAGACCCAGAAUUCGGAGAGAACAUUGCCAAGAUACUCGGCUUCCCCGGCAUCAAGUCGAGAUUAUGA